AUUCAUUAUCUGAAAGACAGUCUUUCAAAAUGUCUGUGCUGUGUGACGUGUAGUUUACUUUGAACUACCAAACCUCCUUGAAGAUGGAAUAUUUCAAAAGUGGGCUGAAAUCUGUACUCGGUGCCCCGCCGCCUGAGAAUCAACCUACUGGGGCUGAUACAGUAGAACGCCUGGUGGAUCGUUUACAAUCGUCAAGUUUAUUGGAUGACAGAAGAGAUGCAUGCCGUGCUUUAAAAGCACUGUCACGACCAUAUCGAGUAGAAGUCGGAACCCAGGCUAUGGAUCCACUCAGACAAGUCCUUGAAAUGGAUAGAACUGAUUGUGAGAUCGUUGGACUGGCUUUGGAAACUCUAUGUAACAUAACAAACCCUGAAACAUUUGACGCAGAAGUUGAAAAAUAUGGGCCAAAAAACAAAAUUGGAGAGCAAUUCACUGAAAUAUUUAUAAAGCAGCCAGACAGCGUUAGUCAGGCAUUAGCAUUUCUAGAAGAAUUUGACUUCAGAGUUAGAUGGCCUGCUCUGAAGCUCAUGACACACUUAUUAGCAAAUAGACCAAAAGACAUUCAAGAUAUAAUUCUCGUUAGUCCAAUGGGAGUUUCAAAAUUAAUGGACCUUCUCAGUGACAACAGAGAAGUUAUACGCAAUGAUGUUUUAUUAUUGCUAAUUCAAUUGACCAAAGGCAAUGCUAAUAUUCAAAAAAUUGUGGCUUUCGAGAAUGCAUUUGAUCGGAUUUUUGAUGUUAUAUCACAAGAGGGUUCAGCUGAUGGUGGCAUCGUUGUUGAGGAUUGCUUAGUUCUCAUGUUGAACUUGUUGAGAGGCAAUAUCAGCAAUCAAAACUUUUUUAAGGAAGGUAGCUACAUUCAGAGGCUAACACCAAUGUUUGAAUUACCACCAGAAGUUGAUGAAAAUCCUCUGGGUGGGUGGAGUUCACAAAAAGUUUGCAAUGUGCACUGUAUGGUGCAAGUGGUCAGAGCACUUGUUGCACCUGGUGGUCCAGCACAGGCGACAGCAGCUUGUCAACGAACAAUGAGGGGAUGUGGGUUAUUGCAAGCCUUAUGUGAUAUAUUAAUGGCAAGCGGAGUUCCUGCUGAUGUUCUAACUGAAACCAUUAACGCAGUUGCUGAAGUGAUCAGGGGUAAUGCAAGCAACCAAGAAUUCCUAGCUGGUUUAAUGGCACCUAGUAGCCCUCCAAGGCCAGCAAUAGUUAUAUUGCUUAUGUCAAUGGUGAAUGAGAAACAACCAUUCGUUCUACGUUGCUCUGUUCUCUAUUGUUUUCAAUGUUUUUUGUAUAAAAACGAAGUAGGACAGACACACCUUAUCCAGACCCUUUUGCCACAGGGUAAUGAAGCACCAGCUCUCACAACUGGUCAGUUAUUGUGCGGUGGUCUAUUUUCGUCGGAUCCAUUAUCAAACUGGUUUUCCGCAGUCGCUCUGUCUCAUGCAUUGAUCAACAACUCCACUCAAAAAGAGCAGUUGCUGAGGGUACUACUGGCAACAAAUAUUGGCAAACCUCCGGUUACAUUAAUGCAACAAUGUGUGAUGCUUCUCCAACAAGGCAACAAACCUCAGUGUAAACUGGGACUUUUGAUAUUGCUUUGUAGAUGGGUUUCGUAUUGCCCGACUGCUGUGAAAGCUUUUUUGACCAUGGAAUCAUCAGUUGCUUACUUGACAGCACUCCUGUCAGCUCAAGAAAAUACAGAUGAUCUACAAGAAACUAUACUUCAAAGCAUGUGCGCCUUGUUACUAGGUUUAUGUGUACAUUUUAAUGACGACAGUGUGCCUAACUAUACAAAAGAAAAAUUAUGCCAUUUGAUAGAGAAUCGACUUGGACUAGACCGAUUUCAAGAUGCGAUUGGUGGAAUAGCCAGACAUGAAAUUUAUUCUAGAACUCUCAAACAUCCUCAACCUUCAGCAAAAGAUCCAGCUGAUUUACUUUUGGAUCAUGAGUUUUGCAGAUUACUGAAAAUAUUAGAAGGUGUUAUAGUAAAGUCUGUUCUUGAUGAGAGCAAUCCUCAAGAGGGUAAAGAUACGAUGACAACGUUAUCACCGGCAGAUUCUGCUCUUGUAUCGCAAUAUAAAGAACUCAUUAGAGACCAAGAUGCACAAAUUCACGCGCUCACUCAAGCAAAUGAAACUUUAACGAAGGAAAAGCGUGAUUUGGAGUCUCAAGUGAACGAACUGCAAUCAACUAUCAGUCAUUUAAAAGAUCAGAAUCUCGUUCUGCGUGCCGCCCAAAUAAAUUCAACAGAAACUAAAGAACAGGCACCAGCUGUUAACGAUACAGAUUCUAGCUAUAGUGAAAUUCAAAAACGAUUAGCAGAGACAACAGCAGAACUUGAAAAAUUGAAAAUUGAUCAGGAGGAUUUGUUAGUACUUUUACUUGAUCAAGACACCAGGCUUGUACAAUAUAAAGAAAAACUGUUGGGAUAUGGUGAAAAAGUAAAUUGAAUCGGACGAAAGUUCAGGAGAACUUGAUGCUAAUGAACAACCCGAGUCUAGUAACUAGCACUAUUACUAAUUGUUGAGUUUGGUCGGCGGAAUAAAUUAACAAUCUACAAUAUCAUACCAUCACUUUCCCCAAUCAACAUAUCUAGAUUUAAGGAUGCAUCAACCGGAGUAUCCCACAUCACAUGCAGUUUGUAAAUAGUAACAUGAGCACAUGCAUUCAUAUUUGUAUAAUUUGAUGAAGUGGAUAUGAGGAUGUAAGCACAGUAAAAUAAGCUGGAGACACAGCUUGCUGUGUUUCUGUAUAGUCUUGUAUAAACAAUUAAACAAAUUUUCUCAACAAACGUUGGUCACUUUAGCCAAAUAGUGAGAUUUAAAUUAUGUUGUUACAGAAAACAUUCCAGUAUAGAGCUGUUCUAUUGUCUUCCACGAUAACUUCUCAAAAAUUCGUCUUGACCUCUGUGCCAUCCUCGGAUUUUCCCGAAUAUCGCAUAAGAUUUAUAAAUUGUUAAGACUUAUGAUUAAAAAACAGAACUUCAUGUUGUUUAUUAAAUUUAAUUAACCUCGAGCUUUACAACAAUACUUCACAAUUAUUCAGUACAAGCUUUAUGUUCCAAGAUCUUAGUCUCACCUCGGUGUAACUGAAAUAGUACAAGUUCGAGCGAAAAAAUAAAUCCUGGAUGUAUUUAAGCGUUGACUGUCAAUGAGUCAACGAUACAGGGUUGUAUUGAAUUGUAACAUUGUAAAGAGUAAUAAUUUAUUGACCUAUGAUAAAAUUAUCGCCGCUAGUAGGAUGACUGGUGUAGAAUUCUGUUACAAUGAAUUGUGUUACGUUUUUCAUUCAUAGGUCUUAUAAGUCCCAGAUGCAGUUUAUACUAAUAAUAAUAAGACAAUUCUAUUUAAGUGUUUUUAUUAUAACAGAAUCCUAUACUAUGUACAUAAAUAAAUGAAGUCAACUCUAUAA